AUGGAAGAACCUCCCGCGGAGCAAUCGACCGACCGCCCCGUCUCCAAACGCAAGCGUCUCGAAGAACGACACCAGAGGAACCGCAACCGCGGCCAGGCACCUCCCUCGGCCUACUCCCGUCGAGAUGGCGAUGAGCCCCGCCCCGGUUCUCAUCGACCCGCCCCGCCCCGAUCCCCGUCCCCCCUGCUCCCCCCCCGUUCCCCGACCCCGGAGGCUCCGGCGCGUCAGCGAAAGAGACCUGGCGGUGGUGCCCGUAUGGGUCUGGUGGACCGGGAGACGCUGCGGCGCCGCCAGGAAGCCAGAGAGCGCGCGGAGGAAGAGGACGCGAUGCGCAAUUCCCAGAGCCGGGGCGUGACGGAUAUUGUUCGUCAGCACUACAACGCCGUUCCGCAGCGAGGGCGCGAGUGGCGCAAGACAGAGAGUAAGAUCAAGGGGCUGCGCAGCUUCAACAACUGGGUCAAGAGCACUCUGAUUCAAAAGUUCUCGCCGGAUGAGGAUUUCACUACGCGGACUGUUGGCUCCAAGGACUGGGCUGAUGGAACGGGACCUCCGCCGGCGGAGGAGAGACGCCUCCUGGUCAUUGAUCUGGGCUGCGGAAAGGGUGGUGAUCUGGGCAAGUGGCAGCAGGCGCCGCAACCGGUGGAUCUAUACGUGGGACUUGACCCGGCCGAUGUGUCGGUCAUCCAAGCGCGUGAGCGAUACGCUAGUAUGCGAUCUGGGCGGGGUCCGCGCCAACGUCGGGGUCCUUUGUUCCAUGGAGAGUUUCGCACCAAGGAUUGCUUUGGGGAGUGGCUGGGAGAGGUUGAUAUUGUGCAACAGGUGGGUAUUGAUCCCAACGCCGGACCUGGCGGGUCGGUGAUGAGCUCGCGCUGGGGAGGUGGUGGCUUCGACGUGGUGGCUUCCAUGUUCGCGAUCCAUUACGCCUUCGAGAGCGAGGAGAAGACCCGACAGAUGCUGCGCAAUGUGGCCGGAGCUCUGAAGAAGGGUGGGCGGUUCAUUGGGGUGUGCCCGAACUCGGAUGUCAUCAGCGCCCGGGUGGCAGAGGUCAACGCCAAGCGCAAGGGCCGUGAGCCACCGAAGAAGGACGCUGAGCCCGAGGAUGGGGAGGUCGAGGAAGAAGAGGCGAAGGUGGAGUGGGGCAACUCGAUCUACCGAGUCCGCUUCCCCGGUGAGACGCCGGAGGAUGGCAUCUUUCGGCCGCCGUUCGGGUGGAAGUACAGCUACUUUAUGGAGGAGGCAGUGGGCGAGAUCCCGGAGUACGUGGUGCCGUGGGAGGCCUUUCGCGCAUUGACGGAGGAGUACAACCUGGAGCUGCAGUACCGCAAGCCCUUCUUGGAGGUGUGGCGGGACGAGAAGGAUGACGUGGAGCUGGGCCCUCUGAGCGAGCGGAUGGGGGUGCGUGAUCGCAACACGGGCGAGUUGAUGAUGACGCAGGAGGAGCAGGAGGCAGUCAGUUUCUACCAUGCGUUCUGCUUCUACAAGACACAUCUCCACCAUGCCCAGGAGAAACUCACCGACGCGGCCGGGGAAGUUAACGAGCGGCUGACGGAAGCGCGAGAGAGAGUAAGGAAGCGCAAGGAGCGGAAACGGCAGAUACAGAGCGACAACGGCGACGAUGAUGCGGAAGGGGGAGGGGGCGAUGUUGAAGAAAAUGGGGGAGCAGAGGAAGAUGACGAGGGAGUGAUUGCGCUGGAAAACGCCGUCAAAGAGGUGACGGGCAGGUUGGACACGGCCAUGCGGGGCAAUAUUGAUGCCGAGGUGAGGUUUCAGAGCGUGGGCCAGGUGUUGGGGGCGAUUGAGAGGGAGAUUGGUGAGAAGAUGCAGGUUUUGAGACGGAGUCGGAGGAAUCGUGAUGAUGAGGAGGAAGAGCAUGAAGAGGAGGAGGAGGAGGAUGGUAUGCCGCCGUUGGUGGAGCUGGUGGAGGAGAGGUUGGAGGGGAAGGGCGGCGAGUGGGGGGGGUUGUCUCUUACGGACCGAUACUCCACCAACAACGCCUACGUCGGCUUCUACCGGAUCAUCCACGAAGCGAAAUACCCUGGCGACGACAUCCCGCCGCUCCCACACGCCUCGACAUGGUUCGCCCACCUCGAGAACUCCUCCCGCACGACCUCCUCCACCAGCACCGUCCAACAGCCCUCCGCCAACAUCUCCACCUACACCCCCUCCAUCCAUACCAACACCUCCGACUCCGCCAACUCCGCCCGUCUCCUCACCCGCCCUGCAACCCGCACAAACCCCAACCCCCAACCCCUUAACCCCUCCUCCGCCGCCCCCGACAACAACGCCGACGACUCCGACGACGACAUCGCCAUCGAACGCGAGCGCAUCUCCCUCAAAUGCCCCCUCACGCUCCUCCCCUUCACCUCCCCCGUCACCAGCACCAAAUGUCCGCACAGCUUCGAACGCGAGGCCAUCUUUAGCAUGAUCGCCGGAAGCUCGACCACGGUUCCUGAUCCGAACGCGAGCAUGGCAUCCGGCUCUUCGCGCGGCAGUCGACGGCCUCCGAGGGUGAAGUCUGUUAGGUGUCCGGUCUGCGAGGUCAUGCUUACCGAGACGGAUCUGCGGAGUGAUCCCGUGUUGUUGAGACGGGUGAAGCGGGCGGAAGCCGCGCAGAGGAGAGAGGCCGAGGGCGAUGUCGAGGAGGGGUAUGAUGACAGUGCGAGUGCGGGGAAGAGGAAGAGGGGUGGUGGGAGGAGGGGGAGUGGGAUUUCGCUUGAGAGUGAUCAUAGUGAAGAGGAGGAUGUUGGGGGAGGGGAAGUGCGAGGGGGAGUAGGAGAGCCGGUGGGAGUAGAGCUAGUGGGAGUAGGGCGAGUCGCAGUUCUGGGAGUAGGGUGA